CACCAUCCAAUUCAGAUGAAGCCGGCUGAUACGGAGAACAGGAAUGAACGCAAGCUCUUCAUCGGGAUGCUGAGCAAGAGGUAUAACGAGCAGGACGUGAGAAUGAUGUUCUCCUCCCACGGCACCAUCGAGGAGUGCACGGUGCUGAGGGACGCCAACGGCCAGAGCAAAGGCUGCGCCUUCGUCACCUUCUCGUCGCGCCAGUGCGCCAUCAACGCCAUCAAGAAGAUGCACCACUCGCAGACGAUGGAGGGCUGCUCGUCCCCCCUCGUCGUGAAGUUCGCCGACACACAGAAGGAGAAGGACGCGAAGAGGCUGCAGCAAGUGACACAAAACCUCUGGAAUGUUGCCUCUGCUAACAACAUUGCUGCUCUUGGCCCACAAUACCUCGCUAGAGAGAGAGAGCGCAGGAGAGAGAGCGUUUCCUCAGCUAACAACCUGGUGGCACAAGGGCCUCAGUAUCUGGCUUUGCUCCAGCAGCAGAUGGGUAACUCAGCUGGUUCAGGUGCCACAGCUGGGAGCCUGGCGAGCCAGCUGGGCAGCAUACAGCAGCUUCCUUCCCUCAACAACGUGUCCGUGCAGCAGCUGCUGGCCGCCUCCCAGGGCAACCUGGCCACGCAACAGAUGUUCGAUUCCUCAGGUCUGAGUGGUCUAGGUUCACUGAGCGGCCUCAAUCUGCCAUCUUCAACCAACGGCUCUCAAGACUCCAACAUCCAGAGUUUGUUGGCUUCCAUGAACUCUCAAAAUACAGGGUUGGGUAUGAACGUGCAGAACCUAGCGACUCUGGCGGCUAUGACAGGGGGCAGCACAACGGGACUUCAGGCUCUCACCCAGCCAGUUCUGACGGGGCUGACCUCCUCCUCAAGUGGUUUCCCCAACAACGUGACUGCAGCGGCUGGAUUGAGCGCUUCGUCCUCGUCCAAUCCCGCAGGCAAGCAGGUUGAGGGACCUGAUGGGGCCAACCUCUUCAUAUACCAUCUGCCACAGGAAUUCUCAGACCAGGAGCUCGCCCAAGCGUUCUGGCCAUUUGGGAAGGUCAUCUCGGCCAAGGUCUUCAUAGAUAAACAGACAAACCUUUCCAAGUGCUUUGGAUUUGUAUCGUACGACAAUGCUCUCGAUGCACAGCGGGCAAUCCAACACAUGAACGGCCAACAGAUUGGAAACAAGAGGUUGAAGGUCCAACUGAAGCGAUCCAAAACCGACUGCAAGCCAUACUAACAGAUGCCAUGUUGUGCUGUUCUGCCCCGUGCCCCGUAUUGCCUGCCGUCCGUAUAACAGUGUCUACGUCCUUCUCCCAUCUUCGUAGCACGUCUCAUGCGUACGUAUGUAUACGUAUGUGUAUGCCAUGUGGUUGUAUACACUGUGCAGCUGCUAUAAAGUCACUGGAGCUAGCAGAUGACGCCUGUCAUCAAAUCUGUCAGCACACAUAAAUAUUUAGGCUACCACUGUAUCCUCAGCAGUGCUCCUUUUCAACACAUGUUUGAUAUUGACAAGUCACCUCACCAAAAGACUAAUCUCUGUACAAACCAAAAAUGUCUAUUACAUAACAUACAUUUUUAAUAGUUGUUUACUUUAGGAGUAAAUACUGUAUACUGUCUUUUUAUCAAUUUUUACUAGAUGAUUCAUACAUAAAAGGAGAUGGUUAAAAGUCAUUUCUGUAAAAUAUUAACUGUCCAGUAUGUAUUUGAUAUUGGUGAGUGAAACUCCUUAGAGUUGAUGGUAGCUACCUGCACAACAUUUUUCCAUUUUCAGAAAAUAGUUUGUUUCCUAAUUCAUGUUCAGUUCCUUUAAAGGCAAAAUCAAGAUUUUCUAUGGAAUGGACGUUAGUUCCAUAUAUUUUGGUAGGAAUUGUACAUGGCAGCUUCACAAUUUCAUACAUAAACUAAGAUAAAUGAUAUCCUUAUGUACUUAUUAUGUGCCAUGGCUUCUUGAAACAUGUAAACACUAAAUAUUGUGUUUUUAGAUAUAUAUUUCAUGGAAUACAUGUUUUGUAAAUGUGCUAUUAAAUCUGGAUGCAUGCUUAUAAUAUUCAAAUAUUGUCUUGUACUUUAAUGUACUGCACAAAAUGAUUAUUGAUUUUAUCGGUACAAAAGUGACAAACUUUUGUAUAUUGAUUAUAAUCCAAGGUCAUAUUUUUAUAGCAGUCUUUGCAUUGCUGAUUUAGGACAUUGAUCAGUGUCUGUUUUCAAGAGUAUUUAGAUUUUAGGGUGAAAAAUCUUCCAGUCACUUCAGCUCUCAUAGAUGUCAGGUAUGUGGGUGUAAGAAUGCUAAAAUAUAACAAGAACUUAUCAUGGUUAGUGAGAAUGUAAUGAACAUUUAUUACGAGUCGGGUAACAUAAAUUCAAUUCUGUGAAGAAAUGUGAUACCAUGUUUCCAGUAGAAUACUGAUAGGAAUGCAAAUUGAUUGAAAGAGUUGUAUUUGAUAUAUUAUUUGUUUAAGUAUGAAGAUAUGUUUAUUUCGUUAACUGUUUGUUCUACGGUAGGUACAGUAUUAAAGUCAUCACGUUAAAUUCUUGAGAAAUGAUUAAUUAGAUUUUAGUGUUCUUACUUCAUGAACUUGGCUAGAGAGUUUCUGAGGAUACCUCCAUGCGUCAGGGGUCAGAAGCGGAAAGUAGCCAAGUAGUGGCCAUAUUGGGCAAAGACGUUAACUAGUCUAUUAUUGAGGGUCUUAAAAAAGGGUAAAUCCACCUUAAGCUGUACAGCUUCUUUUCAGCCCUUUCAUGCAGUGCAUUGAUUCAAGCAGUACAGAUUAAGUGGGAUUGAUUCUGAAUUAUAAACUACUAUCUCUGUGGGUGAUUGAAGAGUAAUGCAGAAUCAACUCUCUUCCUGGUUCAUUCACAUGAUUACCUCCUGUAAUUUAACAUUGAAGAAAGUCAGCUUAAACAUUAACCUCCAACACCCAGGAGAAUAUUUGCCAUACUCCACAGGUUGGAGGAUUGGCUAUAAACCUGGUUUUAUCAGGCAAUAUGGAAUUCGAGGCUUGUUACUAUGAAAGACACUAGGUAGCAGGUCGGUGUGAUUUCAGACAGGCAUUUAUAUCUGUCUGGCUCAUAGCCCUAGGCUAACCAAAGACUAUGAAAAUGUGUUUGUCUGUGUUUAUUGUACCCAAGCCAUGGUAUCGAAAGGGUGUACAACCCAUUAAACCUCGUCACUGCUACGUCUGUUUGCCGGAAAUGGAGUUAUACAUGUUAUUUAUUAAAAACUGGUAUGUUGAUGUUAUUCAGUGUCUCCUCUGUUUCUUUUUCCAGUUUUAUUGACUGAUGUGGGGUGUUCAAAUUUGGAAUGUAAGGCUGAUAAUUCACUCGCCAAAAGGUCAAUGCCAUCUCUGUGCCUUUAUUUUACAUUGCUUACAUUUGUGCUUAUAUUGCAGCUAUGGGAAGCAAGUCUUAAGUUCCACUAAAGAGUCUAAGAGAGACAUUUGAAGAUGCCCUGUUACAUUAUAGGAGAGCUUUCAUGUGUAGGUGGAUGUGCUAUUUAAUGUAGUUGUGUUAAAAAAAAGAUAUAUAUAGAGGUAGGUAUAGUGGGAAGUUAUUGAUUUAUUUGAUUACGUGGUUUUGAUUAGUGUUGUAUUCAGCAGUAAAUAUGGUAAAUAUAUAUUCAAUGUAUCUAAUGUGUUCUGUUGGGUUUGUUUCAAAGAUUCAUUAUGUAUGCAUGUAGUCAUUAGUUGUUUGGUUUUUCUUUGAUUUCACAAGUUGUGUAAUUAAAUCCUCAUUGUAACAUGUUACCUUUGUAGGCUCCAAUCUUCUGGUUCUGUUUUAUGGUGUGAUUCACCACUGAUUAUGUAGGAUGUUGGAUUUAUUUGGAGUUCACAGAAGACAUCUUACCUAACAGUUGAGAAUUGUGCACAUCUUUAUUAACUUGCAAGAGUUUCUGGUGAAUUUGUAUCCCAAAUGUAAGGUUAGGUGUCUUUAAUUUUCUAUGUAUGCCUAUAGGAAGAUGGUCCCAUUUCUUUAGUGUGUUGUAUUCUUCUGCUUUUGUUAACUUACCGCGUGGCUACAAGAUUUCUUGAGAUAGGGGAAGUAUUUAAAUAACUGCAGUUCCAGAGUAGUUCAGUAUGAAUUACUUUAUCCCUGUUCUAUAUCUUGACUCCUCAGUGAAUUGCCGAAGUAGAUAUUUUCUUUGAAUAGUGAAAUUAUGUGUUUCCAAAGAAAUUAGGCUUGGUAAUUAAUAUUUUAAUAUGUCCUGAAGAUGGUAAGUCAAGUUUAUGAAAAGAAGAGAAAUUUCCAGCAUAUAGUUUUAUUAAUAAGUCAUCAGUUUUGAAAUGCAAAUAUAUAUUUAUAAUCCAUAUAUAUUUGACACAUAGUGAAUGUAUUAUAAAUGGUAUUAUAUGUACUACUUCCCCUCCUCAUAAGAGUGAUGUCGUUCGCUCUUUGUUUCUUGCAGCAGUUACCAUUAAGCUACCUGUACUCAGGAAAGAUUCUCACUAGAGAGUCGUUGUCCUGUCCCUAUUAGCCAGAGGACUAACAUUCAGAGGAGAUAUGUGAUUUUUGAGUCAUUGCCACACCAAUAUGUGUAAUUAUUGUUCAUGUCAUACAAGGUAUUUCUCCAUUGAUAAUGGAAACUUAUAUUCAUGUCAGUGGAAACCCUGUUCACAACCUAUAACUUCAUGCUGGAUGCCAAAAGCAUGCCUCCCCCCCCCCCCCCCCCCAUUUCAGGCUCUGAUAUGUACUGUGAUUUAAGGACACUGAAUGUGCAAAUGUGUAAUUGUUUUGCUUUGUAUUGGUAUGUUAGGAAAGCCGAACUUCUCCAAAUUGUCUAAUAGAAGCUUCGUUACGGUUGCUGUUACAUGUAAAGCAUUUUCAUAUGCACAAAUGUUUCAGGUUAUGAAGUCUGGUGACAUGUGAAAAACUGCCACCACAAAUGUCACGUUAUUGCAACUGAAGGUAUUGGUCAAGUGGUUAUCUGUUUCCUAUUUACUUUCUCUAACUCCUCAUGUUGUGAAUUGGUUGUGUAGGGCUUUGAAAUGUAUGUUCAGUGCCUGUUUGGGGAGAUUUAGAAGAGUAUUGUCUUCUUGCACACUCCUCUAUCAUUUUUACUCAGCCUGCAGUUUAGGAAUAUGGAAGGUAUAAAUUUAUAAUUCCUCACUAGGCAAAGCUAUAAUAACUUUUUUGUUUGCUGUGGAGACAGGUAAUAAGAAAGAAACACUAUAUCAUUAUCAGGGUUUCAUUAUUUUUUUUCUUUUUUUUCACUGAUAUUGAAAUAUUGAUUAAAAUACACUUGCAUUUAGACAUAAAAUUAAUCACCUUUGCAUACCAGAACACUCUCACAUAAGUUGCAUGAGUAAUGCAUAGGCAUGUAUGCAUGUACACAAGCCUAUGGACAUGUGCACCCACAGGCAAGUACACACGCACAUGCACACACACUCACGCACACACACUUACUCGCACUCUCACACUCUCACACUCUCUCUCUCUCUCACACUCUCUCUCUCUCUCACACUCUCUCUCUCUCUCACACUCUCUCUCUCUCUCUCUCACACACUCACACUCACACACACACACACACACACACACACACACACACACACACACACACACACACACACACACACACACACACACACACACACACACACACACAUAUAUACACAUACACUCACACACAAAAAAUUAAUCACAGAAUCUGUCACAGUAGUUUACUAUAUUUUUUAGCAGAGCAAGAAAGUUUAUAUGAUUUCUAUUUUGGAUUUACCACUGUGCAAGAAGACAAUACCUGUCAUGUGAGUAGCUGUAAUUUUCUACUUCCAAGCAGCCAACCCGUAAUUUUGUAAUGAAAUGUACAAGGAUAUAGCAGCAGAAGAAUAAAGUAUUUUCAAAGGA